AUGUCCCCCCGCCCAAUCAUCGAAUUCUACUUCUCCUUCAUCUCACUAUGGUCCUACAUCGGCAGUCGACGUUUCCAAAGCCUGAUCCAAGAAACCAACGCCCGGGUUAUCUACAAACCAAUUGAUCUGAUGUACAUUUUCUCUAUCUCCGGCGGCCACCCCGUCAAAGAACGCUCUACUCAACGACGAGCCUACCGUCUCGUGGAAAUGGAGCGAUGGUGCAGAAUCCGCGACAUUCCAAUUAUACCACACCCUAGAUUCUAUCCUGCUGAUCCGUCACUGGGUCAUCGUGUUCUUCUCGCGGCGAUUGAUGAGGUCGGCCAUGAUAGCCCAUCUGUACAACAGUUUGUGCAUAAGUCAUUCGAGGCAGUGUGGGCGAGGGAGAUGGAUAUUGCUGAUUCGGCUACGGUUGUUCGGUUGGCGGAUGAGGCUGGAUUGGAUGGGGCUCGGCUUUUGGAGAGGGCGCGGGGAGAACCUGCCUUGGGGGGGAAAGAGGUGGCGCUGACUGAGGAAGCUAAGGCUAGGCAGGUGUUUGGUGCGCCGUUUUAUGUUUAUCAGGGUGAGCCGUUCUGGGGACAGGAUAGGCUGGAGAUGUUGGAGGAGGUGGUUAGGUCUGGGAGGGAGGCAAUUGUUACUCGGGGGAUUUAA